GCCUCAGCGCUCUGCAGCCUCUGCUCAGAACCUCCAGCUCUAGGUGAUCUCCUCGGGGUCUCUCCUCUUCCUCACCCCUUCCUCCCUGGAUCCCUGAACCAAACCCCCACCAUGACAGAUAAAGGAGUCCCGUCAGGGGGGGACGAUGCCGGCAGCAUCAUGGCGCUGCUGGAGCGGGUGGCCGGGCUGAUGGACAGCGUGCAGAGCACCCAGCAGCGCAUGGAGGAGCGCCAGCUGGACCUGGAGAGCACGGUGAAGAGCAUCCAGACGGACGUGGUGAAGCUCACCAGCGAGCACGCCAACACCAGCUCCACUGUGGACCGGCUGCUGGAGAAGACCCGCAAGGUCAGCCGCCACGUGAAGGACGUGCGGGUCCGGGUGGAGAACCAGAACCUCCGGGUGAAGAAGGUGGAGGCCACGCAGGGAGACCUGCUAGCCAAGAACAAGUUCAGGGUGGUCAUCUACCAGGGCGAACAGGAAGUGAAGACUGUGGCGCCGGGCAGCGAACCGGCAGAACCCGCCGGUGCCGCCAGUGCCGAAGUGGAGCCGGAUAAGUUCGACCUCCCCCCGGAGUCGGACGAGGAGUACAUGGUGGUGGAGGAGGCCGAGUCCUCGGCGGCGCGGGUCAAGAAGUCCGGUCUGACCCGCAUCGAGAGCUUCAAAGCCAACAUGAGCAAGACCCGCGAAAACCUGGGGAGCAAGGUCAACAAGUUCGGGGAGCGCAUUGUGACGGCCGAGCGGCGCGAGAAGAUCCGGCAGUCCGGGGAGCGGCUGAAGGAGACCAUCAGCAAGAGCGUCCCGGCCAAACUGAAGAAGGAGCGGACGGUGGCCGAGGGCCAGGAGGGCGCCGAGGGAGCCGGCGAGGGGGCGGCCCCCAUCCCGCCGCCCAAGGGAAGGAAGGGGAGCCCGGACGCCGCCAAGGAGGCCGAGGAGGAGGCGGCGGAGGAGGAGGUGCCGAUGUACGACAUGAAGCAGCUGUCGUAGACCCGGCUUCUUUGGACCACUGAGACCACGUUCUGACAGCAGAGGGACUCUGUUAGGAGGAACCGGAUCACACCUGACACCCAGAGGGUCUGGACUGGAAAUCAGCAGAUUUAUAUAUAGUUAUUCUUGUUUUUCACCGGAACUUUUCCUGCCGCUUCACCUGUUAGCAUGUCGGGGGGUUACACUGUGACGGCUCCUGGUAUGUGUGGUGGUUCUGCUCACGGGGUGGGGGAGAUAUUGGAGGUGUAAUUGACCUUAAAGAAGGGGAGUUAAGUGUUCAAGGGGAGAGGCUGUUGGUACAAGAGGCUGAUGCAUAAAGACCUGGACCUGUGGAGACCUCCACCAGAGCUCUGACCAGAUAAACAGAACAUAAAUAUUCACUUAAGAAGAUAUUCAAAAUAAGAAAGCAGCACCUCUCUAUUUGUGAGAACAUCCACUCUUCUGACUGUUUUACAAUCUGUGUCCUUAGUUCAAUAAAAAGGAUGGAAGUCCAGGUUUAAACUAUUGGUUAAUAAGCAUCCUCUAAUAGUAUUUAAAAUGAGUAUUGUAUAAAGUUGUAGACUGAUAUAGUUACACAUGUGGGAGAACAGACUAAUACAGAUCAGAAUUCCUAUUUCAUUUUGAAGCAAAUUCAAUUUCUCUGAACAGAAGAACUCACAGUGCUUUUAUUUUUGUUGAAUACAGACAUCCACAUGUCUUCAGAAUUGUCUGUUAAAAUGAUUAUUGUGAAUUAUUUGUUCUGUCUUUUAUUUUGAAGGAAUCAUUAGUUUUAGAGCAGGGUAUAAAAACACAAGAAAGCUGGAAAUAAAUCAGUUUUUCUGCCUGACUUGUUCUGUAUGAAAACCUUACAGAUUUGUUGGUGUGUUAGGGUUGUGUUAGCGAGUGAUUGCAUGGCUGUAGAGAUAUAUUAUAAAGCAGGUGUGUUUGACUGUCAAAAUAAAGUUCCCUUGAGUCAUUUCUGUAACCAAA